UGGGGAGAGGCUGCAGAAACCCAGGGCUUUGUCACGGGGAGCCUACGCCGGAAGCCACGCGAAAAACAAAUCAUUGUCGCUCGCGACCAGCCGCCCCCAGCGAUCCAAACCAAAACCCCUCGCCGCCUCCCCUUCCUCCACACUCCCCCCCUCGCCGCCUCCAAAUGCCGGCGCUGCUCCUCCGCCGGCCCUCCCCCGCUCCCCUGCUACUUUUAUUGCUGUUCGUCUCAUCCCCUGCCUUCUUCUCCCCAAGCCCCGCUGCAACCGCCGUCGGAGAUUGCCCUUUGGAUUUCAGUUGGGCAAACUUCACAUUAGCUUCCGCUGCCUGCUCUGAUCCAACCCAGCGGCCAGCCUGCUGCCGCUACAUCAACGCGUUCGUUGCCAUUUCCAUUGCUCGCUACGCCAAUGCCACCGGUAGGCUGGGGGUCCCUCCUGCCUUUGCGGAGAUCUGUCUCAGCUCAGUGUCUGAAACAUUCAAGAUGCGGGGAAUCCCCACUGAUGCUGAUGUGUUUUGCGGCCUAGGCCCAAAAAUAAGGGUUUCAUAUCAGUGCGCUGGACGGGAGACCGUGCUGGAAAUGAUGCAAUCCCCAAAUUUCAAUGAUGUCAUUGGAAGCUGCAGGGGCCCUCUAUCACUGGAUAUUACCUGCAAGACUUGCUUGAAUUAUGGCCUUGCGUACCUUCGUCGCCUCAUCGGUUCAGAUGAUAAUGUUGCCCUGAGUGUGUGCCGGAAUGCAGUUUUUGUAACGCUUGCGACUCAAGAGGGUAUUCUUUCAUACGAUGACAUUGUCACUUGCUUCUUUGGUGUCCAAGGAAUCACCACCUUUCCAGGACCAUCUUCUGUCACAUCUACUCCAGCAUCCUCUCCAAAUGUCACUGUUGAUUCUCCUCCAGCUCCAAAGAUCAAGAGUCUUCCACAGAAACGUCAGCAGCAUUACCGGAUUACAGUUAUUCCAGGGAUAGGAAUAGGGGUUAUAUUGCUUGCCGUGCUGCUGCAAAUCGUCUUAGUGGUACUGAUUCGUAGAAAGAGCAGGGAACUGAAGAAUGCUGAAUUUCCUGUUCAGAAUCAAGAUAACACAUUUCACCACAAUCAAUCCUGGAGGUACCCUGAAGGCCAAUCACCAAUGUUCCAAAGGUAUAGCUACAAAGAAACAAUGAAAGCAACGGAUAAUUUCAGCACAGUUAUUGGAAAGGGAGGUUUUGGAACUGUCUUCAAAGCUCAGUUUAGUGAUGGCUCUGUAGCUGCAGUGAAAAGGAUGGACAAGGUUUCAAGACAAGCCGAAGAAGAGUUCUGUCGAGAAAUGGAACUCUUGGCUAGGUUGCAUCAUCGUCACCUCGUAACCCUCAAGGGCUUCUGUAUUGAAAAGAAAGAAAGGUUUCUUGUGUAUGAAUACAUGGCGAACGGAAGCCUAAAAGAUCACCUGCACUCAUCUGGAAGGAAGCCAUUAAGCUGGCAGACUAGGCUACAGAUUGCCAUGGAUGUGGCCAAUGCUCUCGAGUAUCUCCAUUUCUUUUGUAACCCUCCACUCUGCCAUAGAGACAUCAAAUCGAGCAACAUUCUGUUAGAUGAGCAUUUUGUUGCCAAGCUUGCUGAUUUUGGCCUUGCACAUGCAUCAAGAACUGGAGCUAUCAGCUUUGAAGCUGUGAACACGGAUAUACGAGGAACCCCGGGGUACAUGGAUCCCGAAUAUGUGGUAACUCAAGAGCUGACAGAGAAGAGUGAUAUAUACAGCUAUGGCGUGCUUCUGCUGGAGCUUGUGACCGGACGGAGAGCAAUCCAAGACAACAAGAACUUGGUUGAGUGGGCGCAGAUGCACCUAUCGUCCGGAGUGAUCUCUCCUGAAAUGGUAGACCCAAGGAUCAAGUCCGGUGUUGACAUGGAUCAGCUGCAUCUAGUGAUUGGCAUUGUCCAGUGGUGCACCCAGAGGGAAGGGCGGCAGAGGCCAUCCAUCAGGCAGGUGCUGAGGAUGCUAUCCGAGAGGCUGGAUCCCGGGAAUGGCAGCUUUGGUGAGGGAAUGGAAGACGCAGAGGGGGGCUUUUAUCCUCGGAGCAGCAAAAGUGGCGCUCAGCACAGGAACGAGCUGAUCCCCCACAGCGGUGACAUGAGGUCCCUGCAUUCGUCAUCGAGCACAACGAGAUCCUACUGCAGCCGUAGCAUGCUACUUGAAAGUGGGCAGACUCAGUCGCCCCCAGAAACUCUGUAACGUAGUCUGCUUUCUGUUUCGACACAGCUUGAGGCAGUUUGAGUACGUUUGGAAGCAACUCGCGGUGUAGUGCAAGUUAUAUGCCAAGGUAGAGGCGCCUGUUGAUGGGAAUUUCAGUUUUGUGAGGCAGCUAUAUUUGUCACAAGAACUAACUGGUGUAAUAUAGAACCUGUUGUGCGUAGCAGAAAAAGAAAAGGAUACCUGUAAUCUGUGUGGCAGUUGAAGCGAAGCCGGAAGGCGGGAGCAAGAGGUAUUGUUUGAUCCUGCUGGAAGCAGAAGAAUGCAGGUCUGGUUUUGCAGAGACUGUUUGUGUUUGAGAAGGAAGGAAGGCAGCAGGGUUUUGCAUUGUUUAUCGAACCUACCAAGUGUUGCUGGUAUUAGCAUGUCGGUGUGGAUUUUUUUCCUGUCCCCUAAUUUGCAUUUGGAUCUCGCCUGUGUUGCAUUGCAUGGUGUGUGUCGGUGAAUGGGUUUGGCCACGUGGGGACAGUGCUGAGAUUCCAUGCAUCAAGUAGUAGCUGAUUGGUGUUUUAUAUAUUUAUUUAUCUUUUUUGCGGGUGUGGGAAGCGGUAGGUGCAGUAUUUUUUUCUUGUUUAUAUUUAAUUCUGUAAGAGAAGAGAUUGUGAAGUGCUGAUGGAACUAGUGGCAGUGACCAACACAUGUUCCAUGUGGUGGUUGGGAAUGUCUUGAGUUUUGACCAGGACCCUCUCAGCACAAAUCGAAAAAAGUCUACGUAACCCCCCAAUGUAUGGAGUAUUGGUUAUAUCACCCCUCAA